AUGAGCUUCCACCAGUCUGCCCUCAGCUUCGAGCUGGACGAUGACCACAUCCUCAAAGCAACUCUUCGGACUGAAGAUGGCGAGGAAAACGAGUCUGAGCUGGAUUUGAACCACAUUAUUGGCAAUAACAACGGCAUGUUGCCCCACUGCUCUUUCGAAUGGGGAGGCCAGGACUUCAAGGACAGUGCCAGUGACAUUGAGCUUCACCGCGAAGGUGACGAAGAUCUUCCUAUUCUUCGUGCUAAAUUGAAGAACGUUGAUGACGAGGAGAUUGAUGCUGAUGUCAAUCUGGCGGAGCGGAUCUCCAACGACAAUGGAAACUUGGUGUUUGUCUGA